CGGCGGCCACUCGGCGUGCCGGGGACCGUGCGCCACCGGAGCGAUCUAGGCCUCCAAACCUGGCGCCCACCGCGCCCCCGGGCCUGCCCAGCGGCGUCCCCCGCCGCCCCGCACUCCUGGGUAACUCUUCCCUCGCCGCCGCACACUUACCGAAGCCCGCUGGGCCGUCCGCUGCCUCUCCAGAGGUUAGAAUUCCUGCGGGACCCCCGAGCGCCCCUUCCCCGCUAGCCCCAAGUCUGAGACCACUAGAAGAUGCCCCCUGUUUGGGGCGGACCCCAAACUGCGCAGGUUCCUGGCGCCCUCCUGGAUGCCCCUGUACCCAGAGUGGAGCGACCCCAGAGUCCCUGCGCAGAGCCCAGCCCAGGCCCCCUCCGAGGCCUGGGACCCCCUCCCGCGGUGACUCCGUCUCUAUUUUGGGGGAAGGGGACGCUCAGCGGAAGCCCCGAGUUAUAAUUAGCCCAACUCGGGUUUCCUAGUUAAUCUCCAACACCACCAACAACCCCAGCUCAGGGAGACAGGGCUGGAUGAGGGGUGACCGCCGAAGAGGGGGGAGUUCCGACCCGGGGAAUUUUGAUCCCUUGGCUGGAGAUGCCGGAAUCGCAGCAGCUGCUACCCCAAAAUAGCGCCCCCGCCCUUGCGGCCGGGGAUCUCCGGAGCUCCGGGAACACAGGCGUCCCGGCUCGCCCUUCAGGCCCCUGUGUGAUACCCGCGAGCUCCCAGGCCCCCACCCCAAGUUCCCGGCUCCCGGGCUUGGGGCGGAGAGCGCAGUCCUCUUCUCGGUCUCUACUGCCCCCUUCCGGCAACAGCGUGAACUGCAACGCCGGACGGAUAGGGUCUCGCAUCCUGGGGUCCAGGGCCCAGGAGCCUGUUCGCUGGGAGUAGGCAAGGCGGGGUUUUGCUGAUGGGAACCGACGGGUACCAGCGCGCGAUGCCCGACAGCAGAUGGGGCGAGGCAGGGUAGGGCAGGAUGUGGAGUAGGCAGGAUUUGGGGUGCUCCAGGAUCUGGAGCUCCCACACCUUGAAUGUCCAAACCACUUCCCCUAGGGCCAAGGCACUGGCCAACCCAGGAGAGACUAGGGCUGUGCCUGUAGGCCGCGCAAGUUCCCCCAGCUGGAACCGCCCGUCAGUGAGGGCCCCGCCCCUGUCCUGUGGCCUGUGCGUGGACUGCGGCCUCUGGUGCCCGCAUUGCAAGCACCCUGCCCAGCCCAAGCCACAGAGCCAGAGGAAGGUGAGGGCGGUGGGCCCCACGGGGCCCUGGAGGGUAUGCAUUGGCAGAUCUUCUCUCUGUUACCUGCAUUUGUCUGGGUGCGUGUGUCUGCCUGAUCUGUCCCCUCUUGCCUGUCUAUGUCCUUUCUCUGCCUGUCUCCUUCACUCCCUUUAUUUUUCUCCUCCUCUUGCCAACCUGCCCCACCUCCUCUGCAGCGGAGAGAUAAUCCUUGGGCAAGAUUGUUACCUAAUCUCCUCCCUCCUGGCGGCCUGCAGCCUUUACCCUUUGCCUUUCUUUCUCCCAGCAGACGACCGCCUGCCCUGGCAGCCAUGAGGCCCCCGUGGUGUCCCCUACACACGCCCUCCCUAGCUUCCCCACUCCUUUUCCUCCUCCUCUCUCUCCUGGGAGGAGGGGCCGGGGCUGAGGGCCGAGAGGACCCAGAACUGCUGGUAACUGUCCGUGGGGGCCGACUGCGGGGCAUCCGCCUAAAGGCCCCUGGGGGCCCCGUCUCUGCUUUCCUGGGCAUCCCCUUUGCCGAGCCACCUGUGGGGCCCCGCCGCUUUCUACCACCGGAGCCCAAGCGGCCCUGGACAGGGGUGCUGGACGCUACGACUUUCCAGAGUGUCUGCUACCAAUAUGUGGACACUCUGUACCCUGGAUUUGAGGGCUCCGAGAUGUGGAACCCCAACCGUGAGCUAAGCGAGGACUGCCUCUACCUCAACGUGUGGACACCAUACCCCCGGCCUGCAUCCCCCACCCCUGUCCUUGUCUGGAUCUAUGGUGGUGGCUUCUACAGUGGGGCUUCCUCCUUGGACGUGUAUGAUGGCCGCUUUCUGGCACAGGUUGAGGGGACUGUGCUGGUGUCCAUGAACUACCGAGUGGGAGCCUUUGGCUUCUUAGCUCUGCCAGGGAGCCGAGAGGCCCCAGGCAAUGUGGGUCUGCUGGAUCAGAGGCUAGCACUGCAGUGGGUGCAAGAGAAUGUGGCAGCCUUUGGGGGUGACCCAACGUCGGUGACUCUGUUUGGGGAGAGUGCAGGCGCCGCCUCAGUGGGCAUGCACCUGCUGUCCCCACCCAGCAGGAGCCUCUUCCAUAGGGCUGUGCUGCAGAGCGGUGCACCCAAUGGACCCUGGGCCACUGUGGGCAUGGGGGAGGCCCGCCGCAGGGCCACACUGCUGGCCCGCCUCGUGGGCUGUCCCCCGGGGGGUUCUGGUGGCAAUGACACAGAGCUAGUAGCCUGCCUGCGGACACGGCCAGCUCAAGACCUGGUAGACCACGAGUGGCACGUGCUGCCUCAGGAAAGUAUCUUCCGCUUUUCCUUCGUGCCUGUGGUGGACGGAGACUUCCUCAGUGACACGCCUGAGGCCCUCAUCAAUGCUGGAGAUUUCCACGGCCUGCAGGUGCUGGUGGGUGUGGUGAAGGAUGAGGGCUCCUAUUUUCUGGUUUAUGGGGCCCCAGGCUUCAGCAAAGACAACGAAUCUCUCAUCAGUCGGGCCCAGUUCCUGGCUGGGGUGCGGGUCGGGGUCCCCCAGGUGAGUGACCUGGCGGCCGAGGCUGUGGUCCUGCAUUACACAGACUGGCUGCACCCUGAGGACCCGGAGCGCCUAAGGGAAGCCAUGAGUGCCGUGGUGGGUGACCACAAUGUCGUGUGCCCUGCGGCUCAGCUAGCUGGGCGACUGGCAGCCCAGGGGGCCCGAGUCUAUGCCUACAUCUUUGAACACCGUGCCUCCACGCUCUCCUGGCCCCUCUGGAUGGGGGUGCCCCAUGGCUACGAGAUUGAGUUCAUCUUUGGGCUUCCCCUGGACCCCUCACUGAACUACACUGUCCAGGAAAGAAUCUUUGCCCAGCGGUUGAUGAGAUACUGGACCAACUUUGCCCGCACAGGGGACCCCAAUGACCCGCGCAACACCAAGGGCCCACAGUGGCCACCAUACACUGCAGGUGCGCAGCAGUACGUGAGCCUCAAUCUGCGGCCGCUGGAGGUGCGGCGGGGGCUGCGCGCCCAGGCCUGCGCCUUCUGGAACCGAUUUCUACCCAAAUUGCUCAGCGCCACCGACACGCUGGACGAAGCAGAGCGCCAGUGGAAGGCCGAGUUCCACCGCUGGAGCUCCUACAUGGUGCACUGGAAGAACCAGUUCGACCAUUACAGCAAGCAGGAUCGCUGCUCAGACCUGUGACUCCGGCGAGACCCCACGUCCCUCCGCCCCGCCCGGCCCCCUCGCUGUAUAUAUUAUUUAUUAAAUGGCUGGGAUAUAACAGACCAGCCCCAGACCCUGCCCACCCGACCCCGAAUCCCCCCGGGGUUCCCCCUCCUCUGCAUGUCUCGGGCCGAGCUCCCUCCCCCGCGGUGCCUUCGCCCCUCUGGGCUGCCAAUAAACUGUUACAGCCACCGGAA